AUGUCCCACAGCAGCUGUUCUGGAACCUUCUCCUCCCGCUCCCGUGGCAGCUGCCUGUGCUCCCCGGGCCCCUCCUGGGGCUCUUCCUACCCCAGCAACCUGGUCCUCAGCCCUGACCUGGGCUCCCCCAGGCCCUGCCAGCGGGGCUCCUCUCUCUGCAGGGGCCAGAGGACCUGCUGGGAGCCCCCCCGCUGCCGGACGUCCUGCUGUGACCCCAGCACCCCCAGGCUCUGCAGUCCCUGCUGGACGACGCCCCCGGGGGCUCUGGACUGUGGGCUCAGCAGCUGCUCCCUGGGCUGUGGGUCCCGGGACUCCAGACCCCUGGGGUACAGAGUCUGUGGGCUCCCCUCCCAGAGCUCUGGGUCCGGGUUCUACUGUCCAACCUACUCGGCCCCCAGGAGCCGCCAGUCAUGGUGUUUCCGACGACGACCCUCUGGAUCCGGCUGCUACUGGUGA